AUGAGAAUCCUUUGCCUACACGGAAGAGGCUCCAACAAUGAGAUAUUCAAGCUUCAGACCGCGGCCAUCCGAGCGGACCUGCAUGAUAUGGAAUUUGAGUUUGUACAGGGAACUGUUCUACAUACGGAAGGAAAUUGGUCUCUAUAUACGACUGCCGCAUCCGACCUACCCCUAUACGGCUACUACAAUCCACUAUCUGCACAGUCCGUCUUAGAGACGGAAGAGUCUUUAUUGGAACUGAUCGAGAAAGAGGGUCCUUUUGAUGGUGUACUUGGUUAUUCGGCAGGCGCAUCACUGGCCGGACAGAUCAUCUGUUCCGACUUCGAAAAGCACCCCUUCAAGUCCCCGGACGAGAGACCAUUUCGGUUUGCAUGCUUCAUUAACGCCAUCAGUCCUCUCAAGGCUUUUCGACUCGAGGACGAACUAGUAAAAGAUGGUGUUAUUGAGGUAGAUUCGGUGACAAACCCAGUCGUAAAGGCGGCUUUAGACGAGUAUUUGCGGCCAAGCGCGACACGUGCAAGGAAAUCGUUUCACAAGAGAGCAGAUAUGCCGGACUCCGACGCAAUUCGACAGGAAGUUGAGUCCCUCCAAACAAGAUUACUGGAGGAUGAUUACGCAUUUCACUGGGACCCUUGGUUGGGAAACAAUGAAGGCUUGAAGUCUUCUUCCUUGCCUAACACGCACGAUUGGGGCUGGAUCCUGGAAACCAAUGAGUUUGUACCAAAUCAAUAUCAAAGAACUCCCUAUGUCGCGAACGGCUAUAUUGGUCAACGGCUUCCAGCAGAAGGUGUUGGUUAUUGGAUAGACAUGAAUGAGGAUGGAGAAUAUGUGAACAAUUGUGGGCCCGGCUUUACCGAAGAGCAUUCUAAAACGAAUUCGCUAACUGGUAAGCCUUAUAUAGCAUGGCCACUGGAUCAACCACGAGCCACUUUCGGCACAGUUGCAGGAUUCUGGAAUUUACAGGCACGAACAAAGCAUGUUCUUCUGCCAGACAACCUCAAAAGGGGAGGGGAAUCAGUCAUCAGUGGAAUACCAGACUGGACUGGCUUGGUUUUGACUACUAGUGAUGGGCAGUUCUAUGCACCAGGAGUCGAAAAAGAUGCCGUGACAAGAUUCUAUCAGUCUCUGUCAAUCCGCAAUGGCCUUGUGCACACAAAUGUAACUUGGUCGCCCACCGACGGCCUUCAAUAUCAGCUGAAUUUUACGGUUCUAGCUCAUCGCACACGUCCCAAUGUUGGCAUUGUGAGGUUAGAUCUUUCCGCCAAUAGAAAAACCAAUUGCUCUAUUAUUGAUGUUUUGGAUGGUGCAGGAGCUGUCCGAGCUCGAUUCAAUGACAAAGCUUUUGAAACAGCGGACAAUGCGAUUUGGACAAGUGUUAAGCCAAUUGGCAUUGAUUACAAGACCGCUCAUGUUUACUCUACGGUGGAAUACGAGUCACCAGAUACAGAAAUAUUGGACCAUGUUGACCAGACAAGAAAGGAUGCGACCCGCUCUCCUUGGGUUUCUCGAAACUCUAGCACGAUCGCUCAAAGUUGGGAUCUCUUUCUCGAUAACAAGAAAUCUGUGACGCUGUAUAAAUAUGUCGGUAUAGCAUCUGAUGAUGCAUUUCCUCAUACUACAUAUGAGACAGCAAUGAAAAGUGCUCUUGAGGCCAAGGCUACGGGUUGGAACUCUCUACUCGAAGAGCACGAAUUGGCCUGGGAUAAUAUCUGGGAGUCUGCCGACAUUAUCAUUUCCGGUGACAACAAACUUCAAACAAGCGUCCGCGCAUCGCUCUUCCAUAUCCUCAGCAGCUUGAAAUCAGAAAAUGAAGCUGGUAGCGGAAAUUCGGACAAUUCUAUUACAGUUGGCGGUCUCUCUAGCGACUCCUAUGCAGGCUUAGUAUUCUGGGAUGCAGACACAUGGGUAUACCCAAGCAUACUUGCUUUGCAUCCUAGCCAUGCUUCAACCAUAAAUAACUACCGAAGCCGUCUUUUACCGCAAGCAAUUCAGAACGCGAGAUUCUAUAACUAUUCAGGUGCCCUUUACCCUUGGACUAGCGGCCGUUUCGGUAAUUGUACUGGAACGGGCGUCUGCAAAGAUUACCAGUAUCAUCUCAACACCGACAUUGCUUUGGCGCACUGGCAAUACUUUCAGAGCACUCGAGAUUUUUCAUGGCUGCGUGAGAAGGGCUGGGCAAUUAUCAAGAACGUGGCUGAUAUGUUUGCUGCGUAUGUCGUGCUCAAUGAAACAACGAAAGAAUACGAAACUAUACUCCUAGGAGAGCCGGAUGAAUUUGCCUACUUUAAGAAUAAUGGAGCCUACACGAAUGCCGGUAUCAAAAAGUUAUUCGGGGAAAUUGGCCCUGCAGCCGCGAAUGCCGCCAACCAACCAAUACCACACAAUUGGUCGACGAUUGCAGAGAAUAUUAGAAUACCCAUCGAUCAUAAGGAAAAUAUUACCCUCGGCUUUGAUGGUAUGCAGGGAGACUGGAAAGUAAAACAGGCUAGCGUUGCUCUCCUGAAUUAUCCACUUGAAUAUCAGACUACCGAGGAAAAUACGAGAAAUGACAUAGCAUACUACUCUUCGGUCAACACUGCUGAUGGUCCUGCUAUGACCUGGUCUAUAUUCGCCAUUUCUGAAGCCCAGUUGCAAAAAAGUGGCUGUGCAGCGUACACAUACCUUCUUCGUAGCGGCGAGCCGUACUUUCGCCCGCCUUUCUACCAGUUCAGCGAGACUGCGGUGGACAACUAUGAAAACUCGGAUGGCUUCAAUCCAGCUUUUCCCUUUGGGUUGUACCCUGCAUUUCCGUUCCUGACAGGGGCAGGGGGCUAUCUACAGGUAUUCACUCAUGGGUUAACGGGAAUGCGACCACAUCUGGAUCAUCUGUUUUUCGAUCCGACCCUACCACCACAGAUUCCAGAUGGAGUGAUUAUCAAAGGUGUAAAGUGGCAAGGAGCAAGUUUUGAAAUAUCCAUCCAAUUGGAGUAUACGACUAUCACCAGAGAGGAGAUGUCAGCUCCUGCUGACAAGGUCCCUGCAAACAUACGAAUCGCAAAGCAGAACCCAUCUCACGGAGACUAUAAGUUGCUUGCCGGUGAGACAUUGAAGAUACCAACUCGUCGACCUGAUCAAAAAGACACUACAUAUAAUGGGGGUGUCAAUCUUGCGUUAUGCAAACCAGUAGAUGUCAAUACUGGAUUGCCCGAAACUCAAGAGCAGCGUUGGGUUUUUGGCCAUUAUCCAGCAAGCAUAGUCGAUGGCUCUAAUGCGACAGUCUGGCAGCCGUUGGGCCCGAAAAGAGCAUCUGUCUCUAUCAGUCUUGGACGCAAAGUCAAUGUGACUGAAAUGAUCGUCAAUUGGGGCUCCACUCCAGCACGCGGAUUUACCAUCCAUGGUCAUGAAGGCGAUGGAAUACAAAAAACAACAUCGCUUCUUUACGAAACCGAUCAAGUCGAAAUAUCCGCACCGUUCAAUGCCAGCGAUAUCUACGAGGUGAAAAUUCGAGAAGGAAAUACGACUAUUGUGCAACUACCCGACGUAGUAGAAGUGACAGCAAUCAGUCUUACAAUAGAAGGGACCCAAGGCGAGGAGCAGAGACUUGGGGCAACAGUUGCUGAGUUGAUAAUUUUUUAG